CUGAAUUAAAUGAACCAUCAUUACAAAUUAGCAAAUAUUAUGGAUCCAAUCAAAUCGAUUUAACACAAGGUUUAGAUUAUGUUCCCAAACAAUUAGUUUUAAAUAUAAUGAGUGAUGAUGAUAAAGAUGAAGUAAAUAAUAUUUAUUAUGAUUCACAAAAUGGAGAUAAUGAUUUAAAUUAUGAGGAUUUUGAAGAAAAUAAUUUUGAAAGAAAUAAUUUAGAAGAAAAUGAUUUUGGAGAAGGUUUAAAUCCUAGAAAUUCAGAAAGAGAAAACCUUGAUAAUAUUCUGGAACAACCAAAGGCUAAAUCUAAAAAUAGGCCCAAAAUCAUUCCUAAAAAACACAAUUUAUGUG